CGCGCAACAUUCAGAAAGACGACACAAGUCGGAUAUCCUGCACCUCACACGUUUCAGUGGCUUCCUUUCAGGACUUUGGACGAUACGACAUGCAUUUCUUCUACCAUGGCUCCAGGCUAGGCCUGCUUUGUGGAACAACCUCAGAUGUGAGGUCGGAAGGUCGCUUAGAUAAAGAUCUAUCCGACUUGGUUCAUUCGUAACUCUACUCACCAAUAUCCGGCAAAUCACAUCUCCACAGCCCUACCCAGCCGCGCCUCUCAUAUUCAAUCUACAUCUGCCUGAAUAUCCCCACCUAUGAUUUCGCGUCAAAGAUUCCCCGAGGGUGGGAACUCACUUAAGCUCCCAGUUUGCCAAGAAUAUCUAUUGUUUUUCGGAUGCCGGCAAGUGUUGUUAUAGGAUUUCAUCUAUCUCUACUCUAUUACUGACCGAGCUGCAGUUAACUCAUGGCUUUGUCAACAUGACCGGUUCCUUCUUUAAGAUGAGACCUUCCCUUUGUUUGAUGGACUUACCAUAGCUCGUUUUUCAACCCGUUCCCAUAUCGACACCUGAAGCCUCGACAAUGAAGUCCCUCUUCCUAGCCCUUCCGGGCCUGGCCCACGCGGCUCUUCGUUUCGGUUGCUCGACACUGACUAUCGAGCGUCUCGACCCAGUUGUUGAGCCUGGGAAUAACCCCUCUGCCCAUGUUCACCAAGUCGUUGGUGGAAACGCGUUCAACGCUACUGUUGACACCUCGGUAGAUGUUGGAAACCGCGCGACUUGCACCACCUGCAUCUUUUCCGAAGACAAAUCCAACUACUGGACCGCCACACUGUAUUUCCGUGCCCGAAAUGGAUCAUACCACAAGGUGCCCCAGUACCCCAACGCUGUCUUCCACGACGGACAAGUCGGUGGCAUGACCAUCUACUACACACAACAGGACUUCUGGGACAAUGGAAACCAAAAGAUCACGAGCUUUCCUCCUGGUUUCAGGAUGACUGUUGGCAGCCCUACCACCGAGACUCGGGAGCAAGCCCAGCAGUACAAGGGGCUGAGGUACACCUGUCUACAAGACAUUCUCACUCGUGGUAGUGAGACAUAUGACUUCCCCAAGCAGCCUUGCCCCGCUGGAAUUAUGGCCAUCCAUCACUUCCCCGCUUGCUGGGAUGGCAGGAAUCUGGACUCACCCGAUCACCAAUCCCACAUGUUCCUCACCGGUCACGGCGGGUUCCGAGUUGCCGACCCUUGCCCGGCUUCCCACCCCGUCCGCAUGCCCCAAGUUGCGUAUGAGACCAUGUGGGACACUUCUGUGUUCAACGACAAGGACCUUUGGCCUGAGGAUGGUUCGCAGCCAUUUAUCUGGUCGACUGGUGAUACAAAGGGGUACUCCACCCACGCUGACUACUUGUUUGGCUGGGAGGGUGACUCGCUGCAGAGGGCCAUGGAUUCCAACUGCUUCUUCCAACGGUGCUCGCUGGGCAAGUAUCCAGAGGGUGUGCUCAAAGUCCAGACACCUGAGGAGCAGAAUGCUUGCAAGAUUGAAACGACGGUCAAAGAGCCGGUGGAUGGCUGGCUUGACUACCUUCCUGGCAAGCCGGAGACUGCUCUGCGUCGCUAAGAGAGGAUGUUUCCAUGGUGGCCACUAGACUGUAGCGCUGGAAGAUGGAACCACAGGGUUGAAGAGGGUUGCACUUCAAGAAGUAGAUCCGGCAUCAAGACAUACAUAUACAAGAGCCAUUUGUCAGAUUUACCAAAUCAUGAUGAAAAG